UUCAUUCGUUAUCGUAGUGUUGCUGAGCUUGUACAUUGUGUGGAUCGGUGGAUCGCAAUGGAUCCCUGGAAAGCCGAUGGCGAAUGCGAUUACGAUGAUACAUCCGAAACAACCUUAUCGCUGUAUUCCUUGGCACCAACGGAAAGUUUCGUCGAUUCUGAGGAUUUGGGUUCAUUUGAGAAUUCAUGCUGCAGUGACAUGGAUUUUGACUACAAUAAGAACCUUUGGGAUGCCAUGUCAUAUAUCUCAGCGGAUACAGCUUUGUCGGAGAUUUCUAUCUAUUCGCAAUAUACACCGCCGCCUAGUGAAACAAACGUUGAAAUCGAAUGGUUAAGCAAUUUAACCAAAUUCACAAUGUCAAAUAACUCAGUGAUUGCUGACUUUGUAGAUGACAUCAUCGCCGGCGCAUCACCGAUGAGUACCGCUGUGGUGCAGCCUCCUCUUUAUGUAGGUGGAACCCGAGUUGUUGAUUCCCUUGAAUGUAUCCACAAACUUUCUGAAGCAAAAGUUCUACCUGUCGAAGACUUCGGCAACCCAAAUGUCACAUAUCUUUGCUCAGGGGAUUUAGGAGAGAUGAAAACACCUAGCGAAAUAGAAGAGGAGCAAUAUGAGUAUUCAUACUAUUCGGAUGGGCCAUCAGAGACAAAUGUUAGCAUGGAAGGAGUGGAAAUAUUUGGUGAUCACAAUGAAGCCGACUACAAAAACGUUUCACAAAUGCAAGAUGCUGAGUCACUGCCUGUUGGAUAA